AAUGCUAGUGCAGUAAAGCGGAAAGCACGUACACUCAGUGAUAUAAAAGAGGACAAUUUCUUAUCUUUUACACAUACCAUUUGUACAACAUUUUCCAAAAGCACCAACAGAAAGAAGAGCAGGCAGGAUGAAUACUUUUAUAACCGUUCUCCUAGUGUCCGUUGCCUUUGCAAAUGCUGUACCUAGAUAUGGCGGCGGUAAAGGAGUAGGUGGAUCAAUCAGUGGAUCAAUUGAUGGAUCUAUUGGCGGAAAUGUUGGAGGUGGCUUCGGAAGUGGACUUUCUAGUUCUCUCAGUGGUGCUCUUAGCGGAAACUUGGGUGGUGGCAUUGGAAGCGGAAUUGGCGGCGUAGGUGUAUCUAACUCUCUCAAUGCUGCUCUUAGUGGAAAUUUGGGAGGUAGUCUAGGAGGUGGAUUCGGCGGAAGUGGACUAUCUAGUUCACUCAACGCUGCUUUAAGUGGAAACUUGGCCGGAGGCAUUGGAGGUGGUCUUGGAGGUAGUGGAAUUUCUAAUUCUCUUGCUGGUGCUCUAAGCGGUAAUUUGGGAGGUAGUCUAGGAGGUGGCCUCGGUGGUAGUGGACUAUCUAGUUCUCUCAAUGCUGCUUUAAGCGGAAAUUUGGGAGGAAGUCUCGGAAGCGGCAUUGGAGGCAGUGGCAUUUCAGGUUCUCUGGCUGGUGCUCUAAGCGGAAAUUUGGGAGGUGGAAUUAGUGGUGUUGGUGCCGGCAGAUCUAUCUCCAUCAGCAUUAGUGCAUACCUUAGAUUGAUUUCCCACAUCUCUGCUCUUCAACAAACCAUCUCUGCCAAUACCUUAGCAGCAAGUUUGAGCGGUGGAAUCAGUGGUGGAAUCGGCGGAGGAAUUGGUGGUGGAGUAGGAGGUGGAUUCACUGGUGGUGCUGGAUCUAACUUUGCUGGACAAUUUGACGGUGGAUUUGCUGGUUCUGUUGGCAGAUCUGGAUUCGGAACUGGAGUAGGAAGCAGCGGAUUUGCCGGACAAUUCGGAAGUGGAUUUAGUGCACAAAGUGGAAAUAUCGGAGGUAUUGGAGGAGCCGGUGGUUUGAGUGGAGGACUUUCCGGAGGAUUAAGUGGUGGAAUUUCUGGUGGACUAGGAGGUGGUAUUGGAAGUGGUGCUGGAGGAAUCAGCAGUGCAAGCCUUCAAGCUGCUCUUCAAGGAAGUGUAAGCAGUGGAUUCGGAGGCAGAUCUGCUGGAAAAGGAGCAUACUAA